CCGCCAUAAAUGAAUUUUCAAUUCGAAGUUCGGGAGAGACCGACCAAUCAGAGGUGGGGAUCAGUCCUCUCGAGCCGUCAGUGAAUAAGAACUCGUGCCACAACUCCCGCGCUGAACGACUCGGCCGACGACUUGAAUCAAUGAGCUCGACGAUGCGCAACCGCUUCGUCAACGAAGGCAAGCAAGGUACGACUGAGGUGCAAAACGUGGCGCUGGGACCCAAGGUAUACGAUGGCGAGCGCUAUGGAAAGAUGUCGGAGCGUCUGAAGCGACAGAAGAUCGAAAUCAAAGUGAACGAUCGUAACCCUCGAUUCUAUGGCUUCAUCGCUGGCUUUGUUUUCCUCAUUUUGAUCUUCUUGUGGGUCCAAAUCUCUGGGGCCAUGCGGAGUCGCCGUGUCGCGAACUGAACCAACGCAAUGAAGACAAACUUUUCGCCACGGUACUUGCAUUCUUCAAAACGCUAAGUUAAUUGCAUUUUUCAAAACGUUACUGCGACUUCAAAAUUACUAUGGUACAAGACGGGCAAGACAGCUGCACGUUUAUGCUUGGGGGGAAAAUUGGAACCUCAGAGACGAAUUGGAAGCCUCGGACGUCGUGGGGGACGAGGGAAUCGACGAUGUACGGGCCUCACUAGUUCCCGUAGUCGCGAUAUCAGUGUCCGACGAAACCUUGGACUUCUUUUGGCGCGUACUGCGGACGCUGGCAAAGGAGGACGUGAUACGGUCCCAGCACAAUCGUGCGUAGGUUUUCGGUAGUCGGUUCAGUUCGUUCGCCAAAGUACUCAUCAUGUUGGGGUGGUGUACAAUGUUAGCAAGAGUCUUGGGCUUUGUCCUCGGCUUGAUAUCAUCGUCACAAGCCCCGACAAAAUUGCCAUUGUCCUCUGAGGGUGCACGGGCGUAUUCUGGCGGCUCCGAUCGGCUAGGUGUACGAGACUGUGGUGGAUCGUGUGCUCGAACAUCCUCGGGAGCCGAAAUACGUCUGGACGACCCUUGCUCACUGCGAGAAGUUACACGGCGGUUCCGCGAGUACCCAUCGGCAAGUUCUUCCACCGUGAAGGUGGGAGCACUUCGUCGCAGUAAGACAGGCAUGUCGAAGGGGUGGAGGGAGGUAGAGCUGGAGUUGGAGGGGUCGAUAGGACGAGGAGCACAAGCACACACUAAUGUUUGUCCUGUGAGCACGCGCAGAAGUCAACGGACGCAGAAUCGUAGAAUGAAC